AUGGUAGUUUUGUUUGAAAUAGAGAGCAAGGUUUCAGCUUCAAUUAAGAGGGUAGUUUUGGCUAAAAGGAGGAUAGCUAGUUAUCGUGCUUGGGUGGAAGAAGAUAGGCUGAAACUCUUAGCUAAGAAAUGGAUAUGGGUUAUAUUGGUGUUGUGGAGGAGGGAAGAAGAUAUGGAGGAUAUGGAUAAAAUUGGUGGAGGUGGAGCUCUCGACUAG